CUCAACCAAGACAGUAACACAUGGAGCAAGUGCAGACCAAGUCAACAGUGACAGGUAAGAUGAAGAAGAAGUUGCUGAUUGAUGUGGAUCCAGGAGUGGACGAUGCUCAGGCCAUCAUGGUGGCCCUUGCUGCCCCCAAUGUGGAGAUCCUAGGGAUUACUUGUUGCCAUGGUAACACACCCCUGGAAAAUGUCUGCAAGAACACACUGCGCAUCCUGAAAGUCUGCAACAGACUGGAUAUUCCAGUGUACCGUGGCUGUGCAGCACCCCUGCUGGCCCGCAAAAUCCAUGCCAGUGAUUUCCACGGGAAGGACGGCCUUGGCGACGCCCCAGAUCCAGACGCUCCAGGCCUGGAGCUGCUGCAGGAGGAGGGAGCUGUGAUGGCCAUGAUCAGGACGGUCAAAGAGAACCCUGGGGAGGUGAUUCUGGUAGCUACAGCCCCUCUCACCAACCUGGCCGUGGCAGUAAAACUGGACCCCACCUUCCCUGAGAAACUUAAGGGGCUGUACAUCAUGGGUGGCAACACUGACUCCAGGGGUAACACCACAGUGUGUGGAGAGUUUAACUUUGUAGCGGAUCCUGAGGCUGCAUACAUCGUGUUAAACCAGUACCAUUGUCCCACCUACAUUGCCCCCUGGGAGUUUAGCUGCAGGAAUGCUCUGCCAUGGUCUUUCUGUGACACCUGGUUGGCCCAAAAGACCGAAAAGGCUCGCUUUAUGGAAAAGAUUUUUCAUUACACUAGGAAGGUCAGCCAGACAGAGGAGAAUAUUAAAGAGAUGGAAGGAAAUUCUGGUUUCAAUUCCUGUGACACAUAUGCAAUGGCUGCUGCCAUUGACGACACAUUUGUGACAGAGAGUGAAGAGGUUGCAGUGACAGUGGAGCUGGAGGGGCGCUACACCCGAGGCAUGAUGGUACUGGAUCCUGUGGAGAUGCUCAAAAAGCAGCACAAGGUCAACAUCAUGAAGACGGUGGACCUGGAAAAGCUCAAGAAGAUGCUGAUGGACUCACUGAAGUAGCUUAAAAUUGUCAUGAGCAAACAGGAUGAAUUUGGGUCCAUGAAAAUGUAUAGUAUUUGCUAUUAUAAACAAUGCAGCAUUUUUUGUAAGGUUUGGUUAUUGCACAAACGUGAUGUAGAGUUUGUAUUGGUUUGACAAAGAUGUAGUACACUCUGAAAUAGCCCUCUCAUGAAAUAAAAUGCGACACAUACUCAUGUCAUCAAGUGUUGAAUUCCC